AUCUAUUCCAAGUAUGACGAUGUUUUGGCUGUUCUUAGUGGUUCUUAUUCUUUGGCCUGCAGGAUCGUUUCAGCAAAACAGAUAUUCAACUACUACUCAACGUUCUUCUGAUGUGACAAUUCAUUCAACAACAAGGAAGCAAAACCUAACAAUUAACUACAAAGUGUGUUUGAAUUGGAAACCUUAUCAUAUUAAGGCCACAGCGCAACCUAAAUAUAACACGGGGUAUGAGAAGUUUAACGUUACUGUUGUCCAAAUCAAUUUCUAUAACGCUGUGUUGGAACUUGAACGAAUUGAUCAAGAUUCAGGGUGGGGAGAAAUGCUCUUCACUGUGCAGUGGGCCAUUUACCAUGUAUCAGGUGACAAUAAAGUGUGUGUGAGCUAAUAAUAGCUGCCAGCCUAUUUUGCAAUCUUCUGGUCA